GUUUACAUCGCAAAGUUAUCGCGCGAGUGAUCGACGAAACAACCGCGGCGGCCAUUUGCAUUCGCGGGUUGGACUCACCGUCUGCGUCUGAAUGGAGAACGGAUUGUCUCGCAAUCAAUUGUGGAACGCAUCUUGGCGUACGCGGCUCAUCUUUUUGUCGUUUGUAAAAUGGCGAGGGCGAGUAACGACGUAUCGAGGAUCGUGUGCGCGAAUACAAUUCAGGAGAACAAGAAGAGGUUGCUCGAGGCGCGAAUUAAGAAUCAGGUAUUGCGCCAUAAGGCAAAGGACUGGCCUAGGCAAGGUCUAAACAAAUUGUUUAGCAAACUCAACCAAACUGUGGAAACAAACUUGGUGAAAACGUCAGAAAAGUUGAACCUACUAUGCUACAAUACGAGCGUUAUCGCAUAUUGCUGGUACGGCCCGGUUCUGGGUUUUCCACCUGGAUCCUGGUGGGGCAUACGUAUGGAUUGCUCCAGGGAUCACAUGCACGAUCCGUUUGAUGCCGACAUACACGAAGGACCAUUUGGUGUUGUUUCAGUUUGCACUUCUCAUACCAAUAUGAACGAGGAUGUAGAUUUUGGUGAUUUUCUCACGCUCACAGGUCAGGUGUAUCGCGAGGAGCAAGCCGGCGCGGAUCCGUUUAUUCGCAACUAUAAAAAUCAGAUACCAUUAAGAUUAAUCAGAAGCUACAAUCUGCAAGACGAUAUCGCGCCUAACACGGGUUAUAGAUACGACGGGCUCUACAUAGUUAUAGGCUGUUGGAUAGGCGUGGCUUUGGAUGGAACCAAAUACAAUAAGUUUGCCCUAAUGCGUCUGGCUGAUCAAGAACCGCCAAGCUGGAGCAGCACAAACUCGGAAAAUUUAAUUUCCGCGCGACAAUAUGUUCCACUGUCUAAAUCAAAUGACUCGAAUGCAUACGAUUUGAGAAAAUGUUCGUAUAACACUACCGGUAUUUGCGGUAAGCGAAAACUCGGCCACAGAGAUGAGUUUGUCGAUAUCGGCCGAAAAUCUGUACCUGAAAGUUCCAUCGUCACGCGUCAUGUUUUUAAGAAACCGCCGAGUAACGCGGAGAACACGAUAUCGACCAUUGCAUCCGAUCAAAAGACAUUAACGUGCCUCGGUGCCUCAGCUAUUAAAACCCACAGUACAAACAUCUCGAUACGCAUGGGUUUAUACGAAUCGUCGCAUAAUGUGCAGGACGCAAAGAAGAAUGUUUCAACAAUGUUACACAAACCAUCCAAGUCUAUUGAUAUCCCUAUUCGUCCUGCAUUGGAUAUGGAGAGUGUUCGUUUGACAUCGAAAGAGGAUAAUAAGAUUAUUACGAGACUAGAUACAGAUAAAACAGUGGAUAUUCCUCAACUAAGUGAAAAUGUUUCUUGUAAUAGGUAUAUCGUGGCUGAGAACGCAAACGAAAUCGUUUGCCCAUUCAAGAAACGCAAAAGAAAUUGGCAAGUUUUAAACUCGUUGGAACAUUCGCAUUCCUCCGUCUUGUCUACGUCGCUAAGUAGCCUGGAAAAUGAUACAAAUAUUAUCGAGGGUAAUGAACAACUUAAAAAUGUUCAGCAGUAUUCGGAUUCACAAAAUUUAAAUUCCAAUAAUGAACCAGAUAUACAAAUAUCAAAUCCCAGUAACGAAUCAAUUUCGAGGAGUUCAAUCACAACACAUAAAAAAAUUUUCAAUCAUGAUACUUUAGAAAUAUCAAAUGAAUCGCUCUGCGCACAGAGUAUGAAAUCCUUGGAUUCUUUGACGCCAGACAAGAUCUUGAACUUGAUUAAUAAGGAGAAGCAUCAUCCUCUUUCCAAGUUAUUGAUCGGAAAUGUAAUAGGAUUAACGACUGAAGAAUGUGCAAUGUUGGACGGAUCAAAGAUAUCCACUUUGGAUUCUAAGAGCAAGAUGCAUAUAUCGUCAAAGAUAAAUCUUAAGAAAAGACGUGAAAAAGGAGAUAAUAUAAAAGAGAAUGUUGCAUGUUUGGACAACAGAAGAUACUGCAAAUAUACGAAAUCCAAGAGAUUAUCUUGGAAAAUGCGGUCGGAUGCGGGAAAAUUUGACAAGACUCUAUCUAGCGUAGAUCGCCAAUCGUGCAAUGAUGCAAAUCAGAAAUGUAACAAUAAUGCGAGGAAGAGUAAUCAGAGUGGCAUAUCCAAGAAGAACAACGAGUAUUUGUCACCGUUUCGUGUACAAACUUCGAUUCAGACUAUCGCCCAACAUACUCGCAGCUCAUACGAUAUAAAAACUCGUCUUAGGACCGAUAAAGGCGCAAUGGAGCAGGAGUUUCCCGACUCGUCGAUCAAAAAGAGCAGAUACAAGAAACGAGAUAGAGAAAUCGCCAACUUAUCAAUAGACGCCAAUUUUAGUCCUGUAACUCGCGGGCCCAGAAAUAGGAGAUUGCGAUGCAAAAACAACGCGUAUGCAAACAAGAGAUGUUACAGCACUUUCAAUACCGUGAUAUAUUCACCUAGUAAACGAUGCAAGUCUAGUUUUAAACGCAAGAGUAAGCUGACCAAAGUCAAACGUGCCAGCGAUGGACAAACCAAGAACAGAUACAGGAUAUCUAAUGCUCUGCGAACAAAUGCUAAAAGUAUCAACGAUUCGAUCGAAAAGCGGAAAAAUUUCGAAGUUACCACUAACAACGAUAACGCGAAUAAACAUAAUCGUAAUAAUGUCAGCAAAAGAAAGGAGAAUAGAGUCGUGACAAUCGACGACGACGAUGACGACGACGACGACGACGACGAUCGUAACAUUUCCAAGACCUCCUUUGACAGAAGCCUUCGAAAGAAAUUGACGAUCCCUUUAUCACAUCGCGCUGCUCAAACGCCGCUCUUACACUAUUUUCAUAAGAAACAAGCCCAGAAACCCAGCACGAUGGAUGCGACGACACAAUGCAGACUCAUCUCCGAAAAUCCAGAAGUCUAUGUUAUCGGACAACUAAACGAUCGAAAGGCCAUCUUGAAGAUGGAGUGGGACAAGUACGAGAAGCUGAGAUCGGAAUCUAUAUGCAAUGUAACCGACAACGAUCGAAAAUUUCAAAUUUGUCAAACAUUGCGACUUUGCGCUGCUUCUACAAAGAGGAAUAACUCGAAUCGCGACGAAGAAUCCGCGGAUUCCUCGCAGGACAGAACGUCGGCCUUUGUGCCUGUUGCGAGCGUGUCCGACAGCGACCUGCGAAUCGAACGGCUCAGAUCGAUCGGUUUCAAGCCUAUAAUUGAACCACAGUCUCCACUCGAAAUCGUCGCGCGUGAUUCUGUAUUUGAUCAAAACUCUACGCUCGUAACUACGAGCAAAGUAACAAAGCGAGAUGUUGCCGAGAGGUAUGACAAAUACGCCAGCGAGGACGAUAAUGCAGUCGUUUAUAUGGAUGACGAAUUGCAGUAUCAAGAUAUCGAGGAGGAGGAUGACAAAGGUGCACCGGCGAACAUGUCGACGAAAUCGGCAAUACGAUCAAAGAACGAUAACAUGUUCGCGGAAAUAUCACGCGAAAACUUGGAAUCUCCUUGGCACGGUUGGAAAAAGAUUGUGGCGAACAAUCGAUCGUAUUGGAUCGGCUGGUAAUAGUUGAUUGCAAAUUGUUGUAUAAAUGCUUUUUCGUCACCGCAAUCCAAAAAAAUGAACAUGUUUCAUCCGAUCGUGUGUAUAAUAUUCUAUAUCUUUAUUCUUCUUUUUUGCCAAAAAUUGAAGGCUGUUGAUAACAUUUUAAAUUAUUUUUCUAACAGUAAUAAUAUGAUAUUCGAGAGUUGACUAACAUAUUUUUAAGAAAACAUUGACAGAUUAUUAUUGUAUAAUUAAAGAAAUUUUGCUU